AUGUCCGCUGAAUCCAUGGACGAUUAUAACAUCCAAGAUGCAUGGAAUCGGGCUUGUGGGGCCUUUGCGCAGACUGCUCACGUCGAUAUCACCAAGUCUCCAAAAUUCACUGUCGACGAAGUUCUUGACCAGAUACGGACGAAACAAGAUGCAGACGACGAGAAAAACAACAAGUACAGAGCUGCUAAAGAUGUCAUAGGCAAAACACUGAAAUUCAUUACUGUGCUAGGGGGUAUAGCCGCUCAAGGUGCCAGCAUGGUCUUUGCACCCAGUAGUCUUUGCUUCAACGCGAUUUCGUAUCUUAUCGAUACCGGAGCUAAAUACAAACGAAUAUUUAGUAGUCUAGCCGAGCUCUUUCGGCGGAUCUCCGAUGUAUUGGAGCGCUGCAAGAUCUACAUGCGCUUGCCACCAAACGCCGUUGAUAUCUCCCUUCGUAAGAUCAUCAACGAGGAGUUAUUAUGUUUUGUAGACAUUUGUGCUCUUUCUAUCAAGGUUCUCAAGGGCAACAAGAUCCUGACUGCCCUGAAAGUCUUCUCAUUUGAUGGCGACGAAGGUGUUAGCGGCCAGCUAGCUCAACUGGCUUCACUUGUUGAACGCGAGUCUCAAAUGCGCGCGACCUUGGGAUUCGAAUCGCAGAAGACCAGCGAACAAGCCAUUGUCGAAACCCGAGAGAGAACCAGGAAGGUCACCACUUCCGUUGAUAAACUCCUCACCUUCGAGAAGAAGAGAGACGCCGACAAUACAGCACAGCGACUUCUAAGCAGCAUUGAUACGAAUAUUGACCGCCCUAGCGAGACAUACAAGGGCAUUCAAGCAAUUUACAAACGCCAUUUGACCGAACAAGUACAGGGUAGUGGAGAGUGGCUUCAACGCGACCCUGUGUAUACCUCGUGGGUAAAUACCCGAGGAUCGCAGUCGCGGUGUUCGAUUCUGGGACUCAGUGGGGAUGAGGGCUAUGGCAAGUCAUUCCUUUUUGCAGCCAUCAUUAAGCAUUUGCAAGAUGUUUACGCUGAAGUAGCGGAGGAUAUGACUUGCACUACAGCUUCCUACUAUAUGUUCGAUCAACAAGAGAAUAAAAACCCAUCACUAGUCAAGGCUUUGGAAGUCCUUGCAUGGCAGAUUGCUAAAGUGGACAUGGUGUAUCGCAAAGAUCUAGGCUCGGUCACAACAGUUGGUGCCAACCGGAUCAAGACCAUUUGCGAGCAGCUAUUCAGCAAGUCAUUCAAGAGCGACUCGACCUUCUUUCUCCUAUUGGAUGGAAUUGAUCACAUGGACAAGCAUCACCUCAAGGAAUUCAUGUUGGUUCUUGAGGACUGGCAGGCCUCAUCUUGGCCUCGAUUUAAACUGCGCGUUCUUCUGACUGGCCGAAAGGAGACGAUGGAAAUGGUCAAGAGUCAACUUGGUGAGGGCAUCUCAAUAAUUGAUGUGGCGUCGAAGAAUCUUGAAGAUAUGCUUUGCUUCGUCAGGGAGCGUAUGGGCAAGAUGGAGAUCCUUAUUGGAUCGUCAGAUCAAGUGGUAGCUCUGCGCAGCGAGAUCCUAGAAACGCUCACGAAGAAAACCAAAGGUGACUUUGUCAAUGUCGGACUUCUCUUAGACGAGAUUAGUGGCAAACAACGCCCUGGUGAAAUUCGUGAAAUUUUGGCGCGAUCUGGAGAAAAUCGAUCCGACACUAUUGUAAGAAAGAUUGACUUACUCACUGAGACGCUCAGUGAUGAGGAUAUCUCCGAUCUCAACGACCUUCUCACAUGGGUCGUAUUUUCGUUCCGCCCCCUCAGUCUUGAGGAGCUGGAGGCAGUACUUUUCCUCAGAUCGCGUGAGCCUUCCCUUCGACCCCUCGCGGAGAAGAUACGAAAUCAAUAUUCUUCUCUGUUUCACAUCGCUGGCGCACGCGUUCAUCUUGUCUCUGAUUCGAUAAAGGAGUUCUUGAUGGCCAAGCUUGAUUCCGAAGACAGAAAAGACGAUGAAAACCAAGGAACCGUGGGCGAUGUUAGUGAGGCCGAGGUGAGAAUCGUGCGCCGAUUUUUGGAGUCUGUCUGUGAUCCUACUCUGUUCACCAGGUUCGGGUUUGAUGACUUCUUCCAGCGGAAGAUCAAGGGGAGGACCGUGCGAGUCGGAGUCGACACAGAAAUGGCACACCUGACGUUGGUAUCCGGAUGUCUGGAGGUCAUUUGCUCGAAGUCAUCGCCAAACCUUGACCCUUUGCUUCCAUACGCGGUGGCUUUUUUCGGCGAGCAUCUCAAGCAAGCCGACCCUUCAUUAAUACAACCGCAUCGCAAAAUCGCUCUAGGCCCGUACCUAGUGAGAGUCUUUGCCGAUGGAGAGGUCAUUGAGCGAUGGUGGAGCUUCAACAAUGCCUGGCUAAGGGGCUGCUGGAUUUAUGAUGAUGAAUUGACGGAAGUCACAUUGAAAUGGUUGCGGGACUCUGCCGUCACCAAAAACAUUUCCGAGGAGCAGAGCAAGUGGGUCAAGAGUUUGAAUUCAAAAUCUGAGCUUGAUGCAGAUGUACUUGAGCACAUUGGCAGAUUUCUUGCCCGCUGGUGGCUUCAGUCUGGCGCGGAUAACGUUGCAUUCUAUUUUGAUGCUGUGCAAGGUUAUAUCACAAAGAUUGAGAACCGCAAAAACGCCGAGGUCGAAAGAUUAACCCACGAGCCACUUAUGGAAGAGAUCCAGGCUACCCAGAUCUUAGAGGCUGCGAAAUGGGCCCAGGAGCGGAACAAAAUAGACUCUUUGAGCUAUGAGGAGAGCCGUAACUUGGCUCGAACUUUACGAGACUACGGCAAAUACGACGAGGCAAUUGAACAAUUCAAAUUCACCUCCACACUCAUGCAAAACAACUGGUUCUCGCAGUGGGGACUAUCGGAUUGUUAUGCCAACCAAGGGGAAUAUGCCGUCGCCAUCGACAUUUUGGCGGCUGCGAAGGAGGCAAUUGAGACCGGAGAGAUUGGGAGUCCUGAUGAGCUCAAAGAGGAGCUGGCCAGUAUGGAUCGCGAUCUAGCGGACUGGAACAAAGAAGUUGGCCGAACCGAAACGACUUUGAUGAUAUAUGAGAAGCUACUACAAGACACUCCCAACGACUAUGAUACUACUCUUGCACUUAUUAUGGUGCUGCACGAGCAAAAGAAUUACCAACGUCUGCUCGAGUUCCUCCAGUCGCUGAAAGAUUCUACAGACGGAACAAACCCCUUCGAUAGGCAGACCUCGACGUUCCAUGUACAUUACCAUCGAGAUGAAUACCAUGAAGCUCUUCAUGCUUCUGCUUCCGACGAGCUGGAAUUCAACAUAAUUUUCAAAGGCUACGAAACAGCUAUCACCGAUGCCAAGGCACUAGUCGCGCAGGCAAGAAAGAGUGGCAAUGCCUCAGACGAGUGGGCUGGAAAAAUCUGUCAGAUAUAUCUCAUGCAUCAACUCGCACUUCUGUGCUACAACAACAAAGCUCGAAACACCGACCGCCUUGAGUUCGCUAUCAACCAGUGGCUGUACAUCCUGUCAAUAGAUGGAGCCGACGAUUCUCUCAUCACAGAUAAACAAGCUGAGGUUCGUUCACAGCUUGCUAUCGUUUGUUCAGAGAAAGCCCGACAGGAUCCAGAAACUGCUGCGGUUUACCUGGAACACCUAGAAAACAUCGCCGCAUUUGAGGGCACAGAGAAUCCUACGAGGCAGUUCUUUGGGACGCAUGGUGCGCGACUCCUCGCUCGAUAUCACACGCUACAGGGAGAUGAUCAGGCUGCAAAAAAUACACUGCGUAGCCACGUGAAGCUGAGUCUCGAUCUGCUGUCUGAUGACGAUCCCCUCAACGACUGGCAGGGAUACAAUGGACUCGCAAUGUACUUCAUGUCUGCAGGCCAGGAAGCCGACGCGCUCGCCGCUUGGUCAUUGAUAGCCCCAGUUAAUGUGACCGAGAGCCCCGACAACUCCACUGCAAGUGCCACAACUGAGAAAAUGCUCGAAGGGCUCUUGAAUGACGUCUGUGACGGUUCCUGCGGUACCGCAUGGACGUUCGCAGACGAUAUCUAUGUCUGUAAGGAGUGUAACUACAUGGAAUUUGACCGAAGGUGCUUGAACAGUAUACGCGAUGGGACCCUUGUGAUAAAAAUUUGCAGUAAGGACCAUGAAAUGCUGCAUGUUCCGGCCUAUGACAGAGUCGCCCAUCAAACCAUCGGUGAGGGUAACGUCAAGGUUGGUGACGAGAUUAUACCGGUCGAUGAGUGGCUUCAGCGGAUCCGCAAAAGUUGGGGGAUCAAGAUGUCCGAGAGAUAA